AAGACGGAUGUCUUCAUUUCUCAUUGCUGAUCUGCUGGAUAAAUCAGUUACUGCAGAACGAAAACAUAACUCAGACCACUACCUCCCCCCUCUGCCUUCUCAAUUAAAACCCUUGAACCGCGGGGUAACAUUUCCAAACCACGUGACGUCACCUGACCAGACUAUGACGUCAUCCGACAAUAUGAUGACGUCACCAGAGAAGAUGAUGACGUCAGAUACUGAAACACCUGGAGCCUCAAGAUCUGAUAUCUUCCUUCCUCCUCUAAACACACACAACGCUACUGAGCUCUUGAAAGCUUUGUUAGAAAAAGCCUCCUCCUCAACUCUUCUCAAGUCGUCCCUCGAGAGUAUCAGUUUAAAGGACCUGUCCCUACCUCGGAUCCCAGCCCAGUCUGAUCUGGUGACGUCAUCUCACGACUUCAUGACGUCACGAUCUUUGAUGAUGACGUCACCUCCUCGACAGGAGCUACUUCCAGCUCGCCCUGCUUUUCCCACCAGUGUCAACUACAGCCGCUCUUGUCAUAGCUAUCACCGCACAUCACCCUCUUCGUUCCCCAUCACCGUCAGACCUCUCCGAAGAAGAAAAGCUCGCACAGUAUUCAGCGAUGAUCAGCUGACUGGGCUUGAAGACAAGUUCAGAGCUCAAAAAUAUCUCAGUGUGCCAGAAAGGGUGGAGUUGGCAGUUAAUCUCGACCUCAGUGAGACUCAGGUAAAAACAUGGUUCCAAAACCGAAGAAUGAAGUGGAAGAAAGGACAGCAGACAGAAGUUCGGGACAGUCCAGGAAACGACCUCGCCCAAGAACAGAGCGCUGCGCGGUACGACAUUUUGCAAGACCAAAACGCCGCACGCUACGAAAACGUGUCAGAUAUGUCAACGAUAGGUUCCCGGGAUUCUCGUGGAGUAAGGGGUUUAUCGAGCGUGCUGAAUUCGUUUUCCUCCAAUUAUUUGGUAGGGUGAAUCCUUGGUGAAUUCUAUUGUGAGCUGAAACGCGAUCGAACAAUGAAACAAAAUGCAUGUUAAAAUUUGCUAUAAAAAUGUUAUGGAUGUCAGAAAUUUAAAACUGCUGACUUCUUCAUGCUUACACAUAUAAAUGGUCAAAGAGACAAAUAAGACGGAUCAUGAAUAUUUAUUUAAAUUGUUGUACAAUAUUUU